AUGGUGGGUCCGCUGGGUUCUCUUCCUCUUGGGAGAGAGAACCUAAUCGUGUGGUUGGGAAGUGUGGGCAUUGGCCGCGCUAGCCACGGGGUUCAGACUGUACUUUGGAGAAGUUGUUCCCAGUAUAAACAGGUGGCCACUAAUGAAGACCUGCCAGUUACAGUGGAAAAUCCCUACAAGGAACCAAACAAAAAAUGUAUCUUGUGUGGAAAACCUGUAGAUUAUAAGAAUGUACAGCUUUUGUCCCAGUUUGUUUCUCCAUUCACUGGGUGCAUUUAUGGAAGACACAUAACAGGCUUAUGUGGGAAAAAACAGAAAGAGAUUACAAAGGCUAUUAAGUGGGCUCAGAUAAUGGGAUUUAUACCAGUUACUUACAAGGAUCCUGCCUACCUGAAAGAUCCCAAAAUUUGUAACAUCAAAUACUGAGAAUAAAGCUA